AUGGGUUUUUCAACUGAUACCUUGCGGCCGAUCGCCCAGAAAACAUGUAGAGAUAUUGUCGGACAUACUGACGGUAAUAUCAUCAAUGCUGCGAUUCAAUGUAUUCUCCAGAACAACACAAAAGAAAAGGCUUCCCGAUACUUAACUCCCUUCCUUGGAGGACUGACGCCUAAGUUUGUAACGAGUUUAUUCAACAACGUUGAAAACUAUGAUCCAGCUGAUUAUGAAAAACGCAAGAUCGGCGACGAAGGCGGACCCGCACGAAAGAAAAAACGCUUCCAGGACUUUGACGAUAUCAUUGACGAGAAUCCCGCCUUGCUAAAGCAAACUCCCCAAGAAGGUCAGGCUCAAAAUGUUCUCGAAGAAGCAAAGAAGCAGAUUGAAAACCGAAAGCGAUUCUUGAAGUCGUUGUCGAGCAAGGAAAUCUCGAAAGUCGCUGCUGUACAGACGAUAUCGGCGGAGGGUAUGGAUCGGGCGCAGAAAGCGGCCGAAAUCAAUGCUCGAGUCGAGGCGGCCAUGGCACGAGUCAAUCCUUCGAUGCCACUGAAAGGUCCUACUCCAUUGCUUCUGGACAAAUCUGGACAGCGCGUAGAUGUAGCCUCAGGCGAAACAAUCGUGCCCAAAGCCCGGCCCUCGUUGCUUGCAAACAUGAACGUCAUGAAUCGGGACUUGGUAAAGAAGGAAAACUACGUUACAGCGAAAGCUAAAGAAGAAACGCGAAAAGAAUGGGCUAAGCCGGAAGAGGUUGAAGAAGUCUCACAAUUUAAGGACAACCGGCUUAUGUCAAAGUCAAUGACGCGAAAAAGCGAGCCUUCAACUUCCAUCAAGCUGGAAAAUUCGUCAACGAGGCUAAUCUGA